UUCCACUUUCUCCUCUCUCCCUGCUAGUCAAUCCAGUCGCAUUAUGGUGAAGUGGCGUGGCUUUGCCGGGAGACUGGGGCGCUACCUGCCGUCGCAGCCCGGAGUAUCCUGCCCCGCUCUCCUUUGGAGGGCUACUUCCAGCGUUGCAAAGGCAGUUUCGGGCGCCCGGCAACUCAAGAGGCCGGAGGAGUUGCCCGGAACGGGGUCACUUGGGACCCUCUACUGGCUCUUCGUGAGGGGCUACUUGCUGCACACGCACCACCUGCAGAUCAUUUCCAAGAAAAUGUAUGGCCCCAUAUGGAAGUCUACCGUUGGUCCUCUUCUUAAUAUUAAUAUUGGAAGUCCUGAAAUCUUAGAGGAGCUAUUACGCCAGGAGGGAAAAUACCCAAUACGGAGUGACAUGGUCCUUUGGAAGGAACAUCGAGACAAACGGCACCUAUCCUAUGGCCCCUUCACUGAGGAUGGAGAAAGGUGGCACCGUCUACGGCAGGUGUUGAACAAGAGGAUGCUCAAACCUUCAGAGGCUGUACUAUAUGCAGAUGCCAUCAAUGAAGUGGUGUCAGAUCUGAUAGAGCACCUUGAAGAGGAGAGAAGAAAAAGCUCCUCAGGAGUAAAAGUUGAAGACAUGGCCAACCUAUUGUACCAAUUCGCCUUAGAAGGUAUCUCCUAUAUUCUCUUUGAGACCCGCAUUGGCUGUCUGGAGAAACAAAUCCCCACUGAAACAAAAAACUUCAUUGAUGCUAUUGGAUAUAUGUUCAAGAAUUCUGUCUUUGUCACCUUCCUACCCAAGUGGACUCGGGACGUACUGCCUUUCUGGAACCGUUACCUACAAAGCUGGGAUACUAUCUUUGCCUUUGGGAAAAAACUGAUUGACCAGAAGAUGGUGGAUUUAGAGAAGCAUCUGGAACAGGGUGAGGAAGUUUCAGGAUAUUUGACAUACCUGCUUACCAAUGGGCAGCUUAGUCAUGAAGAGAUAUAUGGAAGCAUAGCUGAGCUGCUAUUGGCUGGUGUUGACACGACAUCCAAUACUUUGUCUUGGGCUUUGUACCAUCUGGCUAGAAACCCAGACAUCCAGGAAGCUUUGUACCAGGAGGUGGCCAAUGUAGCACCCAAAGACAAAAUCCCUGAAACCAAGGACAUCACCAAGAUGCCCCUGCUUAAAGCGGUAGUCAAGGAGACUCUCAGGCUUUAUCCUGUGGUCCCCACCAAUGCACGAAUUAUUGCAGAGAAGGAGGUUGUCAUUAGAGGAUACAAGUUCCCAAAGGAUACCCUCUUUGUACUGGCCCACUAUGUCAUCUCCCAUGAUGAGACCAACUUUCCAGACCCAGACUGCUUCCUGCCACGCCGCUGGCUGCGAGACCAGAGAGAGAUGCCUCCUCACCCCUUCAGUUCCAUUCCCUUUGGUUAUGGAGUACGUGCCUGUGUGGGGCGUCGCAUUGCUGAACUUGAAAUGCAUCUGGCUCUUGCCAGGAUAAUUCAGAAGUUCUUGAUCAGACCAGAUCCACAGAGCACUGAAGUGAAGCCUCUUGCCCGUAUUGUGCUGGUGCCAGACAAGCCCAUUAACUUGGAUUUCCUUGACCGACGGACAAUGCCUUAAACAGAUAAUGCUUUAUUCAGCCUGAGAGUCUGCAGAGAUUCAGAGAAUCAGCUCUGGGAUUAGAUUAUGUCCUGGCUGGUCUACUGGCACAGGGCUUGAGGAGCUCCACCCUUCUGGCAGGAUUCAGUCUAAAGGGUGUCCCUCCAACUCAUAUAAGUGAAUUUUCUAUACACAGUUCACCAAAAGCAACAUUUACAGCCUUGCAGGCUUCCCCCAAGAGUCCACCCAUACGGUUGAUUUCUAGCUUCCCACCUUCCCAUUCCUGGGCUCCCAAUAAUCAGUGGUCAAAAUUAGAAGUACAGUAACUUAUUUCAGCUAAUUAAAAACUCUCUUUUGAUGGGAGGAGGCCUUUAUGCAUUCAAUUCUACAUGCCCCCUCCUUUCAGAGAGAUGUAUGCAUGAUGUAUAGAUGCUAUUGUUGCCACAUCAUUCCUCACAUGUUUGAAAAUGAUGUAAUCCUCCUUCAAAUGUUACUAAUCUAAUUAUGCCAAACUGGGAGCAGAGACUGGAACUGUGCCAUGAAACUCCACCUCAAACAGUGGGAGUGUGACUCCUUCCCUGGAUUUUGUGCACUGAGUGCAAACUUCUGAAGGGAAGAUACCUUCAUGCAUACAGCUAAGGUUUUCUCCAUGUAUAACUUCAUGCUCCAUAUAUGAGUACUAGGGAAGACCAUAUAUGAGUGCCACCUGCAUCAUAUAUCAUACACAGUAUCUUUGCAGACUACCAGUGAUCCCUGGAGAUGUUGGGAAUCACUGUUUAAGAGAAGGCUCAGAUAGGGCUGUGGUUUGUUAUUCAUUGCUUCAUUAAUGCAGUUAGUGCGCUUAGUGCAUUUAUUUUAACAAAAAAUAAAUAGAAGGGAACCAAAAAAGCACAUAAGAUCACAAAUGAAAUAAACAUACCCAUUGAUUAUAAUAACUAAUAUCAUGGAUAUGCUUGUGGGAUGAUUAGGAUAUAGUUAUCCAAGGAAAAGCUCUCUUUUUUUGAGUAGAUGUAAUAUAAAUGUACCAAGGACAAGUCAGAUAUAAUUCUUGUAUUCAGACUAGGUUGCUGUGUAGCAGGCAGAGUAGGGAGUUAUAAAUUCAGACACACAGUCAGCCAUGAAGAUGACUACAGUAAGUCUUCCAGCCAAACCUCCAUCACAAACUUCUGAAAAAUAAAA